AUGUCAUCAGAAGUGCCAGAAACAUCGUUAAAAACGAAUCGCAAAGAAUGCUAUCGUGCACGAGAUGAAUACCUAAACUGUAUGGACGAGAACGAGGGUGAUGAAAAGAAAUGCCGAGCAUUAAUGGUGCAGUUCAAAUCCAAAUGUCCCGCCUCAUGGGUACCACAUUUUAUUCGCAAGCAUGAGUUUGGGAAGUAUAAGAAUAAGCUAGUGGAAGAAGGAGUGUUAUCGGCAGAUGAAAAGUAUAUGGGCACGAAGAAGGUGUAA